ACAGUUUGAUAAACACACAUGUUCGUAUGUUAUGUUUUUCUGUUAUUUUCAAGUGGUUGUAACUAUUAAAUUUCAAGGAAACCUUCAAUUUGAUAUCAUGAAUCUAUUCUUUUAAUCACAUCACAAGAUUCAGUUAAAAAGGGUUCAAAAUAAUUGUAAAAUACAACAAAAGACACCUCAGAUGUUCUCCUUGAGGCUCGCUCGUCACCUGAAUAAAAGUACGGGAUUAAUAUUUGGAUCUGGUCUCCGUUGCAUCUCUAGCUUUCAAGUUGGCGACACUGCAGAGCUUAGUAAAGUGUUCUCUGCUGAAGAUGUUCGGACAUUCUCCGAGCUGAGCCUCGAUUACAACCCUCUGCAUCUAGAUGAAGAGUAUGCAAAGACGUCCCGGUUUGGAAGAUGUGUCGUGCAUGGUGUCUUAAUGAAUGGUCUGAUAUCAGGGGUUCUUGGAACCAAGCUUCCUGGUAACGGCAGUAUAUUUAUCUCCCAGUCCAUCAACUUCCCAGCACCUUUAUUUGUUGGUGAGCCAGUGACUGCCAAAGUAGAGAUAUUAAAGAUUGACAGGUCAAGGGUCACAUGCUCAACUGUAUGCAUAGCAACAGAAAGGGACAAGGUGGUUAUGGAUGGAACAGUUGAAUUAUUUGUGCCUAGAAGACCCUCCAACUCUUGAGUGUGUCAGUGAUCAUUAAGAGCAGAAGGAUGCCUGCCCUCUACCUUCAUUAUAGUUUGGAUGCAAAACCUGCUCCCAAGAAACAUGUGAAGAUUAGAGAGCCAAAGCUGCAUAUGACAUAAUUGUAACGCUUGUAUUGUAACACAAUGUGAACAGUAUUUGAGGGACUAUCGCUGUGUGAUGACAUCUAAUGCUUUAUAUGGCAAACUGCAGGUAUUUGUCACAGGGGUCACAGGUUGGAAGAGGUCAAUUCUGGGAGACUUCAGUGGCGGAUCCAGGGAGGGACCUUUACAGAUGGAGGGUCUACACCCUAGACAACCUCAGCCCUGUUAUGGUUGAGGCUGAGGUAAGAAAAUUUAUGAUCAAGGCACCUCUAGGUGGCCAGAAACGGCAAUCACUUUUUUGAAAAAUGUAGGGGGCCCGGG